AGGAAGGUGAGUGAAGGAAUGAACAAAACUCCAUUUCCCGCUAUUCCACCACUCCUUCGAAGUGGGACUUCUUCCAACCAAUGGCUGCUCUCACCUCUCUCUCCCUCUCUCUCCGUCUCUCUCUCCGCCGCAAACCAACCGCAACAACCUCCGCUUCACUUUCUUCACUCCCAGGGAGCACCCAUGGGUCUACAACCAAAGCGCCUCGCAGAAGAACUAGGCGAAUCGAAGGCCCUAGAAAAAGCAUGGAGGACUCGGUUCAACGCAAGAUGGAGCAGUUUUACGAAGGCUCCGAUGGGCCUCCGCUUCGCGUUCUUCCCAUUGGUGGUUUGGGGGAGAUUGGGAUGAACUGCAUGCUCGUCGGCAACCACGACCGCUAUAUCCUCAUCGACGCCGGUGUCAUGUUUCCAGACUAUGACGAGCUUGGAGUUCAGAAGAUUAUACCUGACACCACGUUUAUAAGAAAGUGGAGCCACAAAAUUGAGGCGCUUGUCAUAACACACGGUCAUGAAGAUCAUAUUGGUGCGUUGCCUUGGGUCAUCCCGGCAUUGGAUUCCAAUACACCAAUUUUUUCAUCUUCCUUUACAAAGGAGCUUAUAAACAAACGUUUGAAGGAACAUGGUAUUUUUGUUCCAUCUAGACUCAAAGUAUUUAAAAUGAGGAAAAAGUUUGUGGCUGGGCCAUUUGAAAUAGAGCCUAUCAGGGUGACCCAUUCGAUUCCUGAUUGUUGUGGAUUAGUUCUUCGCUGUUCUGAUGGUACUAUUCUUCACACUGGGGACUGGAAGAUUGAUGAGACACCAUUAGAUGGGAAUGUUUUUGAUCGUGAAGCUUUAGAGGAACUCUCUAAAGAGGGAGUAACAUUGAUGAUGAGUGAUUCAACAAAUGUACUCUCACCUGGUAGGACAAUUAGUGAAUCAGUUGUGGCAGAUGCAUUGUUGCGACAUAUUUCAGCUUCUAAUGGAAGGGUCAUCACCACCCAAUUUGCAUCCAAUUUACAUCGGCUUGGAAGUGUGAAAGCUGCUGCUGAUUUAACUGGCAGAAAGUUGGUAUUUGUUGGCAUGUCCUUAAGGACAUAUUUAGAUGCAGCUUGGAAGGAUGGAAAGGCUCCAAUUGAUCCAUCCACUCUGGUGAAAGCAGAGGAUAUUGAUGCUUAUGCUCCAAAGGAUCUGCUAAUUGUAACAACAGGUUCUCAAGCAGAACCUCGUGCUGCUUUGAACCUUGCAUCGUAUGGAAGUAGUCAUGCUUUCAAACUAACCAAGGAAGAUCUUGUUUUGUAUUCAGCUAAGGUUAUCCCUGGUAACGAGUCUCGUGUGAUGAAAAUGCUAAACCGUAUAUCGGAAAUUGGAUCAACUAUAGUUAUGGGAAAAAAUGAAGGUCUGCACACAUCUGGUCAUGCAUAUCGUGGAGAAUUGGAAGAAGUACUUAGAAUAGUGAAGCCACAACAUUUUCUUCCCAUACAUGGAGAACUUUUGUUCCUGAAGGAACAUGAAUUACUGGGAAAAUCAACUGGCAUUCGGCACACUGCUGUCAUUAAGAAUGGAGAGAUGCUUGGUGUUACACAUUUGAGAAAUAGAAAAGUCCUUUCUAAUGGUUUCAUUUCUCUUGGAAAAGAGAAUUUACAGUUGAAAUAUAGUGAUGGAGAUAGAGCAUUUGGCACAUCAAAUGAACUUUUCAUUGAUGAAAGAUUGAGAAUCGCAUUAGAUGGCAUCAUUGUUUCUAGCAUGGAAAUAUUUCGCCCCAAAGUUUUAGGUAGUUUGGCUUCAAAUACCUUAAAAGGGAAGAUAAGGAUUACCACAAGAUGCUUAUGGCUCGACAAAGGAAAGUUGAUGGAUGCACUCUAUAAAUCAGCCCAUGCUGCUCUUUCAAGCUGCCCUGUAAAUAGUCCUCUGGCUCACAUAGAAAGAACUGUGUCUGAGGUAUUGAGAAAGAUGGUGAGGAAGUAUAGUGGUAAACGGCCUGAAGUUAUUGCCAUUGCUAUAGAAAAUCCUGCAUCCACUAUUACAGAUGAGAUAAACGCAAAAUUGUCUGGCAAAACCCAUGCGGGUCUUGGAAUAUCAACAGCAAAAAGAGCAGUGGAUAGACACGAGAAAGGAAAUCAGCCCACCUCACUGCAAAUUACAGAUGAUAGUAUUGAUAAUGCAAGUGGUGCUGAGGGUUAUUUAUCUGAGGAAGACAACACUGCAAGCGGAGCUGAGGGUGAUUUAUCCGAAUCAGAGGAUUCAGAUGAGUUUUGGAAACCAUUCGUUACACCAUUACCUGUCAAGAAGCCUUUGGGUGCUGACAAUGCUUAUGAUGCACAAAAGGAGCAUGAGUCCAAUCUGAAGAAAGAUGAUUCUAAGAUCAUUGAUGAAGCAAAGUCUGAAGAAAUAUCUACUUCUGAACCCAAGUCUUCAAAAUCAGUAAAGAGAAAUAAAUGGAAAACUGAUGAAGUUAAGAAGCUGAUUGGUAUGCGUGAGGAACUACGUGACAGAUUUCAAGUUGUGAGGGGAAGGAUGGCCCUCUGGGAAGAGAUAUCUCAAAAAUUGUUGGCUGAUGGGAUCAGCAGAAGUCCUGGACAGUGCAAAUCUUUGUGGACAUCUUUGGUACUUAAAUAUGAGGGGAUCAAGAAUGAGAAGGAUAGCAAGAAAAGUUGGCCAUAUAUAGAGGACAUGGAAAGGAUAAUGUCUGAUAAAGAAGCUCCUGCAACAAAAUGAUUGGAAAAAUAGCGAAUAACUGAGCUGGAUAAAAUAUUUUUGAGAGCCAUCUAUUACAAUUGUUGAUCAGUUUUUAGCAUGGUGAAUGGAAAGAUAAUCCAUGGCUUCCAUGACAUCGAAGAUCCAUAGUUUUUUAAGGGUUGAGGGUUAGACAACAUAAGUGGGUUUGCCUUCAAACUGACACGGGAAUAUCUGGGUAUAGGCGACGAUUUAUUAUCCACCUCAAAUGCCUGUCUCCUUUUUAAUUUGUCAAAUACAUAUCUUAUAAUUAUUUUUUAUUAUUUUUGUUGGUUGCACAUAUUGGGUGCCCGAAGCAGCAAUUGAAAUGUCUGCAUUUUUGCAAAUUGAACUGUGAAAAAAA